UUAGUUCCAAUAUUCCACAUUCAAAGAUAUCGACUUCGUCGUGCUUAGCUUUGUAGUUUCCCAUUCAUACACAUGAAGAGAGGCAGAGAGGAUGGAGAUCAGACAGAGAGCAUAGACAUGGCCAACUGCUUGAUGCUUCUAUCCAAAGUUGGCCAAAUUGACGUAACCAAAAACCCACGUACACGUGCUUUUGUCUGCAAGACAUGCGACCGGCAGUUCCCGUCGUUCCAAGCCCUGGGAGGCCACCGGGCGAGCCACAAGAAGCCCAGGCUGAUGGCCGGGGACCUAUUCCACAACAGGCCGACCUCGCCCGCGAAGCCGAAGACGCACGGGUGUCCCAUAUGCGGGCUCGAGUUCGCCAUCGGACAAGCGCUUGGGGGGCACAUGAGGAGGCACAGGGCUGCCAUGAGCGAACGCUUGCUGAUUGAUCAAAGGCGCGCUGUGCAGGCCAUGCCGGUGAUAAAGAAAUCGAGUAGUAAAAUGGGGUUGUGCUUGGAUUUGAAUUUGGUGCCGGUGGAGAAUGAUCUCAGGUUGUGUAGUUGUUUGAGUUUCUUCUCCUCAAACUUCCGGACUACCGCCGAACUACUCUCAAACCAUCAACGAACCUCCACUAGGCCACCUUCGAAUCACUGCCGAAAUUCAAAUUUACACCAAUACCAAACCUCUUAUUAUGGUUUUGACCGUGUGAUCCCAUAUUCCACAUUCAAAGAUAUCAACUUCGUCGUGCUUUGUAGUUUCCCAUUCAUACGCAUGAAGAGAGGCAGAGAGGAUGGAGAUCAGAUAGAGAGCAUAGACAUGGCCAACUGCUUGAUGCUUCUAUCCAAAGUUAGCCAAAUUGACGUAACCAAAAACCCACGUACACGUGCUUUUGUCUGCAAGACAUGUGACCGGCAGUUCCCGUCGUUCCAAGCCCUGGGAGGCCACCGAGCGAGCCACAAGAAGCCCAGGCUAAUGGCCGGGGACCUAUUCCACAACAGGCCGACCUCGCCCGCAAAGCCAAAGACGCACGGGUGCCCCGUAUGCGGGCUCGAGUUCGCCAUCGGACAAGCGCUCGGGGGGCACAUGAGGAGGCACAGGGCUGCCAUGAGCCAAGGCUUGCUGAUUGAUCAUCGGCGCGCUGUGCAGGACGUGCCGGUGAUGAAGAAAUCGAGUAGUAAAAGGGUGUUGUUCUUGGAUUUGAAUUUGGUGCCGGUGGAGAAUGAUCUCAGGUUGUGUAGUUGGUGAGGAUGCAUGGGAUAGAUUAUUAGAUCGAUUGUUUUUAAUUUAUUAAAAUUUUGGAUAUAUAUAUAUAUAUAUAUAGCUUUAAUUUGUAUUCGUGUUCAUAUGGAAGACUAGAGAGAUCUAGUAA